CCGGGAUUCCAUCCGCAUCCAGUCAAGUUCCACCACCGCUUCCUUGCGACCUCGCUGGGAGCCAUAACAUGGUUCUUCAUCUUCUAUCGAUUCCGGUGCGACGGUCCGAAGCUUCUGGGCUUGAGCCAUCCUUGGGAGGAGCACGGACAUGGACACGCGCAUGAUACACAUAAACCGCAGGAGGAGCACCAUUAG